GCAUGUAGUGCGGCACGAUGGCACGCUGUUGCCUCCAUCGACCGCCAAAUCGAUCAAUCAUUAUUCAUUCCCUUUCUCUUUCUCUUACAUUUUUCAACUUUCUUUCUCUCUGUAACUCCUUAGAUCUUCUCGUUCUCAAUGCAUUCUCUUCCCAUUUCUUCUUCUUUCUUGUUGCUUAACCAUCCCCACUCUUCCUCCAUAACCUCACUCUUCUCCUCCUGCCAUUGAUCCAUAGUAGUUAGGGUUAAACCCCUUCUCCAUCAUCGUAAUGUCUCGGGCGUUGACGCCUCGGAGUUCUGCUUAUCUUAGCGCCUUGUCUCAACAGAUUGAGAAGAAGCUUCAGCGGGCAUUAGCUUCUUCAUCACAGAGGCGAGAUGUACUGCAAGAAUUAUUUGCUGAUAUAGCGCUAGAAGUCGAUGACCGAGCCAAAGGUGUGUUGUGAAAUAAUUCUCAGCACGGAGGAAGAUGCGAUUGCACCUGUGGAGCAUGGAAUGAAUGAUCCAUUAUGCUUUUACGACGUUCUUGCCGAUUACUAUGUUCAGGUGCCAGAAAGCGGGAAACCAAUCCUCGAUUUGAUUGUCAAACUGUGGAGCCAAUCAUUUACAUGUCAUAUUUUCACCCUCUUAUUCCACAAAUGGCUCUUUGAAAUAGAAAUUGAAAACUCUGAAGAAGUUCACCUUCGUAAUUCAUCAGCUCUUGUUCAAGGUGCCACCAAUAUCUUCUGGCUUGAUAUUCAGGCAAACACUACUCGAUUUAAGUCUCUCUUUCAUUAUCUUCUUGAAGAAGUUUCAUUUCAACCUGCCAGAUUGAACAAAAUUCCCAUACAGGUUCAAAGAGAUCUUUUUCUUUUACUUUCACGGUUCUUAAUUUUCUAUGAUUCAGAUGAUAAGCUCGAGAGUUUUCUGAAGCAAUUUCCUCCUUUCCCAAAUGCUAUACUAGUUGGUGGUCCAGCUGAUUUGUUUGUGAUUGAACUUACUGAUCAGAUUCAAAAGUUGAAGGUGGAACCUGUACUGCUGCAUUAUCUUUCACGCCUGAUUGUUCUCCAAGGUAUGGAACUCAGAAUGACCACAAGUACACGGCUAAAAACUUGUUUGUAUAGUUUUACCUCUCCCGGUGGUCCCAUGUAUCCAACCAGAGCUGUUCGACAUGCUGCGUGGGAUGCUCUGGAUUUGCUAUUCCCAGUUGGACGAUAUCCUAGGCAUCUUAUAAGCCUAUUUUUCAGAUUACUAUAUCCAUGGUACUGGCCCUCAUCUUGUUGGAACUUCGUAAUAUCAUGUAUAAGGGCAGUAUUUCUUUCCUUGUUUCGGCUCAUCUUUUCGAGAUUUGAGAAUCCUAAUCAGCACAAGUCUUUCUAGGCGGAAAAAAGAAAAAAAAAACUCAAAAAGUUUGUAUAUGUACAACACAAAGACAUCUCUUAUUCUUAGGUCAUGCUGUCCCCCCUUUUUGCUAGGGGCUGUGUGUGUAUGUAUGUAUUCUUUACCGAUUCCAAACCUAUCGUGUGAUUGACUUUCAUUCCAAGCUUUUAUUGCUAAAAUGUUCAAAAAGAACAGAAAAAAUAAAGUAAAGAACAUUAUUUAAAUUCAAUGGAAAUUCCCCUUGUUUUAUUUC